AUGAGUCAAAAGUCAAACACCCCUUCUGGUAAGAAGCAGAAGGACAAGAGCAGUAGUCUUCGUUCAGAAAAGAAGGAGCUUUCCUCAAGUAGCAAAUCACGGAGCAUCAGCAAGACACAGCUCAGCAAGUCUUCCUUCGAUCCUCAGUGCUCUAAACAACAAAGCUCCAUUCCGUCAACUUUGAGUCCCUCAAGUGGAAUCAGGUCGUCCGUGGGUGAUCACCUCUCCAAGUCAUCUCCCAAGGCACGUAGCACCAUAGUGCCCGCGUACAGCACCAACCUCAAGAACUUGCAACGAAACAUACAAGGCCGCAGCUCUUCGACCACUAAAACCCGCGAGAAGAGCAAAAGCGAAAGCGGCAAACCAGGGGUCCGACUGGGAAGUCGAUUGCGCACAGAUCCGAGAACUAUGAAACGCAAUGACAACAUUCCAAUGGAGGCCUCGGCGGAGAACACCUUCGAGCAGACGCCGGUGCAGUCGAGCAGCGUUUCAUCAUCAACAACACCUGCAUCAACUGCAAGUCCUCCUCAACAGGCCACUNCGCCGGUGCAGUCGAGCAGCGUUUCAUCAUCAACAACACCUGCAUCAACUGCAAGUCCUCCUCAACAGGCCACUCUGGACAGUUCCCUCACUGCGGAGGCCAUCUUCAAUGAGGAUGUGCUCGCUGAGUUCAAGACCAAUGUGAUGAGCUGCCUGGCGGGCAGGUACUGCGAUCCGGAGCAGUUUUUGAAGCCAACACCGCCGGCAAGUGACGGUAACUUCCUCACGAGACACGUAGACCCUGAGAAGCUGAUCACAUUGAUGGUGAACCACAUGAGGACGUACUACAACCUGAGCAAAGACAAGGACCCUUUCAGCAGCGCCCGCCAGGAAAUGGACAACGCCCUCUGGGACAGUUUAGCCUUCAUUAUACCGAUGCUCUGUCGACAGGUGAUCCACGUCAUGCAAGAUGAGCCCAUGAUCAUCACUGAAAUCGAGCCUGAUGUGGUCGUUUUCGGCGACAUUCACGGCAACUUCAAUGACAUCUACUACAUCUACGAGAACAUCAUCAGCAGUGCCAAAUACUCCAACAGCCGUUUCCUCUUUCUGGGAGACUACGUGGACCGCGGCCCGAAGCCGGUGGAGGUGUGCUGCUUCCUCUUUGCCCUCAAACUCUCAGCUCCCAAACGUUUCUACCUGCUACGGGGAAAUCAUGGUGAAUAG